GAAAUAGAUUUACCCAGCUGGAAUUAUGAUUUUUCUGUUGCCGAUGACAUGAAAGCUGAACUGGUUAAUUUCUUUUUAAACUUUUAUUCUUUUUUUCUGGUGCUCAACCGGGCAACCACCUCAGAAAAUGAAAGCAAUUCAUCUAAUUUCAAAUGGGAUCCUCGGGGCUACGUGUUUUACUGUCCUUGCAUGGGUAAGAAUUACAUUUUGAUAUUAAUAAUUAUUAAGCUUUUAAGAACUUAAGCUUAUAACAAAACUAAGUCAUUUUAAUGCGGUAUUCAACUCAUACUCGUAUCUCUCGUUUCCCAAUUGCCUUUUCGUUUUGCGUUGUUGCCCUCGUCUCGAAAGUUUACAAUUCGUCUGUAACUCUUAAAAAAAAAACUGGCUGGUAAGCUUACAUUUAUAAAGCCCAUAUAUAGGGACAAUACUUGCCCUUCGAGAAAUACUUUUUGCCGUUUGUCUCUGAUGACUCGUAGUUAUUAUUUGCGGAGGAGAGUUAAUUAAUCCAGUGAAACAUCACUUUUGGGGCGCCUCCCCUUUAAGCAACCCUAACUUUUCUUCCCCCCCCCCCCCUCCCCCAAAAGUUCUUUAUACAUUUAUCAGUUGCUUUUAUUCAGGGGACUCAGGUCACAAUAAGAUUGUCUCCUGAAUUAAGGCUCCACUUUAUAUAACAAGUCACAGAUUCAGACCUUGAGUUAAGGCGUGGGGAAUGCCCUUGAGAUGUAAACAAAGCAUCUGUAAGCUUUAGUUUUGGUUUAAAAGUAAAGGAGGGUCAAUGUCUCCCUCUGACUUCCCCUAAAUGUGCCACAGAUAUAAAUCAGCAUUGCUUAUAGUUUCAGUAUCUGUUGGGGCUCAGAGGAUAUGAGCUGAUCCAAUGGUAUGGUAUCAUAAUAUAAGAUAAUCAGUAUGUUGAAACAAAUGAAGGGAAAUAAAAUUUAACCCAAGGAUAAAUUGAACCACAUAAUUUUCAUCCUUUAAAGACUGAUCUCUUUUUGAUAAACAGGGAGGUUUGGAAAUCAAGCUGAGCACUUUCUGGGAGCAAUAGCAUUUGCUAAGGCCCUUGACAGAACAUUGAUUCUUCCACCCUGGAGAACAUAUGUAAGUGAUAUUUUUUCUGAACUGCACAUUAAAAUAACUUUUCUGAAGAGUAGUCAACUUUUCACAGGCAAUAAAUGAAAUGUUAGUAAAAUCCAACUAGUGGUUAUCAAUGCUGCGUUUUGAUUGGUUGAGCCACUAGUAGGCUAUGUAAUAGCCCACUAGUAGUGAAAAGCGCUGUCUGAAAACCAAAACAAUGCCUUCAGCCUCAUAUUCUAUUGACUCAGAGUCCAUUCGGGCUCAAGGAAAAAAAAUUAUUGUUAAUAAUAGAAAUGUAGUUCAGGGCUUCAAAGGCAUACCGAGUACUAUUAUAAUAUAUCUGUGUGUGUUAUUAUUAUUAUUAUGUGAUCCUCUCUAGUUCUUUUUCUGGGGACAGUCAUGCCUCAGCAACAAUCCCAAAGCUUAGAGACAUAACACUUUCUGCAAUGGGCAGUCCCAAGGAUGGCUGACAACUGUGCACUUCCAAAAAUAUCUGGUAGACUCAACCUCCCAUUCCAGGCCUUUGCAUUCCCCGAGAUAGUUCCAAGUGCACCAAUCAUGAUGGGUAUUAUUAUUAUUAUUAUCAUCAUUAUUAUUACUAUUAUUAUUAUUAUUAUUAUUAUUAUUAUUGUUAUAUGACUAUCUUCUUUAACUUUAUACAACCAUUAAUAAUACAACAUAAAUAGCCACGUCCAUUAUUUUAUAGGGCCAACCGAUUAGAAUGAAACACAAGUCUAUUUGAUAGAGAAGUGUCCUUCUUAGGAUGGGAGAUGUUGAUCCAAGGAGUGUGUUCUUCUGUAGCUGAUGCAUUUUGAGCUUACCCGGGAACAUGUUGGAUGUUUUUCUCCAAUCCUUUCUUAUUGUUCCAGGACUCCUAUCACCACCAAAAUUGUUGUGGCAUUUAUAUAUCUGCCGCAUUCAUUAUUGUUGUUGUUAUUAUUAUUAUCAUUAUUAUUGUUAUUAUUAUUAUUAUUAUUGCUAUUAUUAUUAUUAUUAUUAUUAUUAUGUAGAAAUAGAAAUUGGGAUAGCCCAGACUACAUGCAAUUUUGAUUUCUUUUCUUUUCUUUUCUUUUUUCUUUCCUUCUUUCUUUUGUUUUUUGAAUAAUCCAAUCUCAAGCAGCUUUUGUAAUUUGCCUAUACAUAGCGAGAUUUACAAUUGUACAUUCAAAAACACAAAUAAACUUUCCAUUAAUUGUUAUUGUUAUUAUUAUUAUUAUUAUUAUUAUUACAACCAACACAUGUCUGAAUUGUCCUCUCUUGUACAAGACUUGAUGAAUGACAUUGAUAUAAAGCCACUACAUCCUAGUGGUGGGAAUCGGUUGAGAUUUCACAAUCGAUCAUCGGAAAUAAUUGGAUUGCUCCAAUCGAUCGAUCGUCGAUCAUAAUCGGAAAAAUCUACCAGUAAGCAUUCCAAGAUUACAUUGCAGCAGUUCAAGUGAGACUGACAAGAAAUCAAAAAAACACACGUGCCACAAACCUUUGUUGGCGUAUUUCUUUCUGGAGAGCCUACAGAUUACCUUCGUCACAUCCAAGUUUUCUUUUGUUUUGGGCCCUUCCUUCAGUUGAUAAAAACCAAAAUAUUCCCGCACGUUUGACCUGGCGUUUCCAGGAUAACGACAGAUCUCCAACUCGGCCAUUUCAGCCGCCAUGUUAGACUCGUCAGCAACAUGUAAGGGAGGCAGGUCUGAGAGAGGACCCUGGAAAUCGCUGCGAUGUUGUUUCUUCAAUAAUACCUUUCAUUCGCUAGUGAUAGUAGUGAUACUACAAACGCGAAACAGUGAGCUUGUAAUUUAUGUUUUGGUUCAGUUGUUUACGAAAUACAAAGCAGCUUAGCAUGCCACAUCUUUCAAAUAAGCAUGGUGUAUUUGAAGUGACAACAACACAGUGCGCAGGGUACACAAAGGUAAACACCUUCAAUCUUAGAUUAUAUCAGCUGUUAUGACUUAGAAGUUAGAAGUCCACGAAAAAGACAACUUGCACCAAGAUAUUACACGUACAUUUUUAUUGAUUUUAAUACUUUUAUUUGUCACCAAUAAAUUUUUAAUUUUUUCGCGACAAUCGAUUAUGAAAAAAGCAUAAUCGAUUGUCGCGUCGCUUGAACUUUUCGAUCAACUUUCGAUUAUAAUCGAUCAUCGGCCCACCACUACUACAUCCUAAACACAAACUUCUUCACAAACUUCUAAAUUGUCCUGGCAUUUCACUAUAGCUAAUAUAUCCAAAACCUGGAUAACGGAACAUCUCGACUCUGUAGUGAAUGGCUAUAUUCGAAAAUGGCUUGAUAUUCUGAUAUCUGGAACACUGAGCAAUGUUUUCCCAGAACACAAUAAAUUUGGUCUUAAUAUUUGUCCUCCCUCUAUUAAAUUUACUCAGUGCCAAACAGUUCUCCUAAAUUCAUUAAAAGAGUCACCAAAUGAUUCCUUAAAAGAUCUCCGGAAAUCGUCAAGCUGUCACACUAAUAUUCAAUAUGAUGUGUACAAAUCCACUAAGGAAGGUCUUAAAGAUUUCCAUUCUAAUCAAGAGGAUAAACUGCAACACCACCUAACAUCUCAAGGUUUCUUCUUCUCAAAUGUUAUGAAGUAUUCAUUGUCAUCUGUAAAUUCUAUUUGGUCAGAGGCCCAGUCUCAUCUACAUCUAUUAUAAUUUAUUGUUAUAAUUAUUACAGAGCCAUCCAGGCACUCACAAAUCAAUAUAUGGCAGGUAGAGGGUGUGUAUAAAGUCAUGUAUUAUUAGUUUAUUAUUUUAUAACUUUAUUUACGACAAGAGUACUAGCCUUUGAUGAUUUUAACUUUGCAAAUAUGUAUUUCCUAUUUUGUAGUCUCCACUCCCUUUCUAGCCAAUUCCAAUGCUGAUUUGAAUCAGUGUUGAUAAAUUGUUUUCUGAAUUAUGAGCCAUUUUCUUGAGGCACACACUCUGGAUUGUGUGACACUAAGAGAAGGCUGAAAUUGACGUUAGAUUAGUCCACACUUAUUCCAAAACUCCAGUGAGAGUCUUGCAAAGAUUUGCAGUGAAACAUGUAUCUGGCAUGAAACUGUGAGUUUUAUAGUACUUCUUCAAUAAAAGGAAAUAAAAUUUUACUCAUAUCACUUGCAUUCAAUGAUAUACCGCAUAAGAAAAAAACCAUUUUAUAAUAUUUAUUUUAUUUAAAUUUUUGCCAACAAGCGAGUACUAUGAUCUCUUCUGUUUUUUUUUUCCACAGAAAAAUGUCCCUUUCUCAGAUUUUUUUCAAGUAGAGCCUCUCCAGUCAUAUCACAGAGUUAUCUUAGCAGAAGACUUUAUGAAGCACCUAGCACCUACUCACUGGCCAAAAGAAAAAAGGCGUGGCUACUGCUGGCUACCUCCUGGAUCUAAUGCCAAAUGUGUUCUAAAGGUAAAGGACUGUACCAUCCAACAGGGUCAGUUGUUAUACUUUAUUACCUUUUUAUGCAAGUCCCCACUCUAGGGCUCAAAAUAAUGACCGGUUACUGGACAAUGUCUGGCCAGGAUGACGAUUUGUCCAGACAAACUUUCAGUUGGUCGGUCAUUUUGACAGGUCAAGUGCAUGGCUUACAAAUAAAUAACUGGAAACAUUAAUCUUUUCUGGAAUUAUAAUUCUGAAAAUUACAAAAGAAGUUAAAUGAAAUAAAAUAUAGCUGCUUGCAGUCACAAAUUCAGGAGAUAUGGCCAAGUUUGCACGCAGUUUUGUUAAAAUCCUGGAUCCGCCCCUGGUAGGAAUAUCUUAAGUGCAAUUAUAUGAAAGGGUGAAAGGGUAGGAAAGUAUGUCAUUUAGUUAUUUUAGGGGCCUUAUUAAAAUAUGUCGAACAGACGAACCUUAUGGCUAGUAUCAUUAUUAUCUGUUAAACGCUUGAAAUAACGAAAAGAAUACUUUACUGUUAGUAGUUUUAUAAAAGGGGCACAAUGUUGCAAUGGAAGUUAUACGAGAGAGAUAAAUUUUUUUGGCCAAAAGUGGUAUACAACAAGUUUAAGGGUUUGGGCCUUGGGACGGAGCCUUCCUAUAUAAAGCCUUGUUGAGUACUAAGCCACCCCCCCCCCCCCGUUUGUUUGUUUGUUUGUUUGUGUUACAACAGACAACAGUGUUAAACAGAAAUUUAAAUGACACAUUCAUAGAAAAGACAUUAAUAGGUGACUUCAGGCUUAAACUUUCACAACCGCAGGAAGGAAAUCCUUUCAAACCAUUUUGGGAUGAACUCGGAGUUGAUUUUGAAGAAAAGAUUGUCUAUCAUCUUGGUAUUCGGGUACACGACCCUUAUGAGAGAGACCAGUGGAAGAAGGAGUAAGUAUUUUUUUAAAUUCUUGAAUUCAAUUUCUUUUCCUUCAACAUGCAUUUUCUCCAUACAUUUCUUUUUGGUAGUAAUAAGGAGAAUUUGCCGACGCAUGAAAAAUUCAGUCAUUAUUUAAACAGCUCAUACGUAUGAAAGGAAUAGCUCAUUAUACAGCAGGGGUAAUGUUAAGCCCCGUGUAAACGGACGCAACAUUGUUGGCCAAUAACAGUGACUCUCAACAAUUGCGUCCGUUUGCUCGUAGCUUUACUCGAGACGGUUUGCCACGACGUUUUCUAUGCCGAACAAUUCGAAACAAUGUAUCAAAAAUGUUUCAACGUUGUAAUGCGCUGAAAAUCCGGCUUAGUUGCGAAUCGACCCGUGUUACAUUGCCGUAAUUUCCAGUUUUCAGUCUUGGUCCAUAAGAACGCAAUGAAAAAUACCCGGCCUAUAUCCGACUUUUUGACGUCCGGAUGACCUCACCUUCGGUCAAUAAGGCAUUUAUAUUUUAAAAGAAUGGUGCUGAAAAGUUCAUCUUCUCUUCUGUGCCAGAUUUCCACCCUCAAAGCAUCCUGUUCUUGCCUUCAGAGGCGCACCAGCAAGUUUUCCAGUAGAGGAGCAGAAUCGCCAGCCACAUGCUUUUCUAAAGUGGUCGGACAAGAUUAGCAAGGAGGUAGACGAUUAUAUUCACAACACCUUGCCGAGAGGACCAUUUAUUGGAAUUCAUCUGCGCAAUGGAAUUGACUGGGUAUGACAACCAUUUUUGAAUCAUAUUUUUUCCCUUUCGCUAGUAAAAAUCAGUAUUUGAAAGCUAAAGGAGAAAACGAAUUUUUAAAAAGCACUUCAACUCAAAUUCUUUAAUGUUUGAUGUAGCUGACUGAAAGAGUGUAACAGUCAACUGUAUCUAACUAGUAAGGAGUAAAACGUAGAAACUGUAAGCAAAAUGUUUCCUGUUUCAUUCUUUUUUUGUCAGAAAAAUGCUUGUGACCACGCAGAGGGUAUACCCCAUUACAUGGCGUCGCCUCAGUGUCUGGGAUACUCACGUUACAGAACAGUCACAAGGAAUCUUUGUUUCCCACCAAAGGAAGACAUUCUUAAUCGCACAGAGGAAGCUGUCAAAAACCUGGGCGCAAAAGCUGUGUUUGUUGCUACCGAUUAUGACCCAAUGUUGACAGAACUGAAUUCCAGACUUAAAGGACUCAACGUAAGUUGAUGUUGAGUUUACGUGGAAAGAAGCGUGUUUCCCAGAGAGGUGGCAGGGGGGGGGGGGGGGGUCAAUUAUUGGAACUUUGGGUAGGGGUCAAGGGUGUACCGCUGAGGCCUUCAAAAGCCUGUCCCUGUUUAAGACAAGAAAGUCAUUUUGCUACCCUCUUUAAGAAAAAAGACCAUGCACACAGAAUUUGAAAGUGUUUUGUAUUGGGACCAACAUAAUAAAAUUGGAUUUUUUCAAAACAUAUGUUGGUCCCGCAAAUCAACACAUCUUGACUGCGCACCGCCAACGUUUUCACCCGAAAAGUUACUUUUCUGUUGGGAGAAGCGAAUACCGGAAAUACGUCUGCAUUUGCUUGUGACUAGCUACGUGUAUAGAGAGAAGAAGUCGUUACGUCACGUGGCCAUGGUAGCAAAAUUUCUGGAUGACAACAAACCGAAAACGUAAAAGGUGAAUUCGCACUAUUUCAAUCUUUACCCAUCUUAUUCAAUUUCAUUUAAUUUGUCAAAUGUUGUCGAAAUUUUCUGGGGUUGAAUCCGAAAGGACCGUGUCUUAAGUAAAGAAAAAACUCAGUUUUUGUGUCAUGUUCACCUACGCCAUAAAGCGGGCGCGUGAAAUUGGGAAAUUUAAUGUCGCAGUUGUGCAACGAAUGCUAAGAAAAAAGCGUUAUGCACGUGCAAAGUUGUUGUUUUGCUGCUACAAAAAACCUCUUGCUUUUUUGCCGUUUUCGUUGCCGUCGCCGUCGUUGUUAAGCUCCGUCUUGUUGUGAUCCUGGGCUGGGUUGUUCAAAGCUGGGUUAAGAUAACCCAGCGUUAGUGCAAAUUUUGAACUCAGAUAUGAGAGCUUGAAAAGCCAAUUCAGUUGAAUUCUCUUUGUCUACAAUUUGAUGAUUGAAUACGCUAAAAAAAAAUAGAGAAAAUUAUCCGAGGGAGUGCUUUUGAUAAAAGAAAAAGAAACCCGGGUUAAAAUUUAACCCCGGUUUAGCGCUAACCCGCGUUCAAAAAACUGAGCCCUGAAGUUUUGCUACCAUGGCAACGUGACGUCACACUUCUCCUUUCUAUUGAAAACUGUUUCAAACGAUAUUUCGGCUGGCCAGACCAGCCUUCUUCAAGUCAACAGAUGUUACUAAAUUUUUAAAGAGGAUCAAAAAGAAAGAUUCACUACUUUUUCUACUGCCCAGGCUAGUUAUUCAAUGCUCUUAAUAUGUCUGGUUGUUUUUCAGGUGCAAGUUUUCCAUUUAAACCCAUGGCUUCCUCAGCUGGAUCUUGCCAUUCUUGGCAGAGCGGAUCAUUUUAUCGGUAAUUGUGUGUCUUCAUUCUCGUCAUUCGUGAAACGCGAAAGAGACUUCAGUGGCAAACCUUCCUCUUUCUGGGCAUUUGAUGGUUAACACAUGACUUUUAAAAGUUACGCCUGAUGAGUUGGAAAAACUCAAGUAGAGAAACUUUUAUGGAAUUUUAUAAAACAUUGCAUUGUUGUAAACUCAGAUGUACCCUAAGAAAAUAUGUAAUUGAACAGCAGCGAACGGCAACAACUAGUAUUUAAUAGACAAAUCCAACAAACUGGGCUGUGCUGGGCUUCCUGUGUCUAAAUAAGGUCGUGUUCGACAGGGCCAGGAAAACGCCCUUCCUUGUCGACUUAGCGCAUGCGGAAAUCAGGUCGUGGAAAGUUACACGGUCCACAGACUCUUACGUAAGAUAGCCAUUACUUGGAAUUGCAUCACAGUUCUUCGCAGGAAUGAACAGAACUAGAGCAGUUGGGAAAAGAAAUUAUACAGGCUGAAAACUUGUAGUCUCACACGCGCCCCUUCUUUUGUUUCGUCACGCGACGUACCUCCUCUUACAACUAAGGCCCGGUUCGGACGCCAUAGCCAGUUCGAAUUCGAAUUUAGGCAGACUCAAAAGGCCGGCUGAAUUGACUCAGACGCCGAUCUUCUUUGCAGCCGAGCUAAAUUGGAAAAGAAAGAACGCCCAAUUCGGUAAACCUCGUUACUUGAAUUUAUUCAUUUGUUUCGGCUCAUUUGAAGUUCGGCGUCGUAACAAAACCGGCUGAGCCAGGCAUGAAGAAUGGCUAAGCCGAUCCAAAUUCAUUUAGACAUUGCGAAUUGAUUCAGGCAACGCAUAGAUUUCACAAUAACUUAUUUCCUUGAAUUCGAUUGGGCUCAUGUGAAAUACGGUGUAUGAACCGUUAUAAGCAAUCAAGCCGACUGGAAAACCUAUCACUUUCACUUGUUGAGCAGCCACUGUCACGUGUUCAUACUCUUCGUGACUGUGUUAAAUAAUCAUGAAUAAUAGUUUCCGUGAUUACAAUGCUCUAUAAUACAGCCUGACUCAAAACAUUGCAACUGCAGAACGCGCUUGGGGCCACUUUAUCUGUCAGUCUGUCGAUCACCGCAGCUACAAGACCGGUUUUAGAGUAGUC